GGAUGGGAAUCCUAGGCCACGACUCCAAACACUCCAGCAUGAGGAAGGAAAAGAGAAGCUGGGACGUGAAAUGGAAUCAAAAAGAAGUGAGACGUGCCAGGCAACAGGUGGAAGUAAGAGAAGUGUGACUUCUCCAUGUGGUCCAAUCCAAGGCUUUCUUGCGGAGCAAAAUCACCAAGAGAAGACAAAGAUAAAGUGUUUGGGGCAAAGAGUGACCAUCUACAAAGACAAAUUUGAUUUAGAACAAUAUGACACAAAUCCCACAGAGAGAGAACAGCAUCAAGGCAGGGAUGUUAAAAAGUCUCCCAGUAGGAGUGUUUCUAUAGAUCAAAGUGUCAACCUGGGAGAGAACCUGUCUAGGUGCACGGAACGUGAGGAGAACUUCAGCUGCAGUAGUUCCCUGACUUCCCAUAAAGUAAUCCAUAAAGUUGACCAACCAUAUAAAUGUAUGGAAUGUGGGAAGAGUUUUAAUCAAAGGAGUAACCUUAUUUCCCAUAAAAGGAUCCACACCAGGGAGAAACCAUAUGAAUGCACAGAGUGUGGAAAGAGCUUCAGAAAGAACAGCUCCCUUACUUGUCAUAAAAGGGUCCGCACUGGGGAGAAGCCAUAUAAAUGCAUGGAGCAUGAAGAAAGUUUCAACAGCAGCCGUUCUCUGGCUUCCCAUAAAAUAAUCCAUACAGAAAAGAAACCUUACGAAUGCGUGGAGUGUGGAAAAAGCUUUAGGUGGAGCAGUCAGCUUUUUUCCCAUAAAAGGAUCCACACAGGGGAGAAACCGUAUCACUGCACAGAGUGUGGAAAGAGCUUCAGGUGGAGUGGUGAUUUCACAUCUCAUAAAAGGAUCCAUACAGGGGAGAAGCCAUAUAAGUGUGCAGAAUGUGGGAAAAUAUUUAGAAAAAGUGGUUCCCUUACUUCCCAUAAAAGUAUCCAUACCGGGGAGAAACCAUAUAAGUGCACGGAGUGUGGAAAAAGCUUUACUCAGAAUGGCAAACUUACUUCCCAUAAAAGGAUCCACACAGGGGAGAAACCGUAUAAAUGUGUGGAGUGUGGGAAGAGCUUUAGUCAGAGCAGCCACUUGAUUUCCCACAAAAGGAGCCACUCAGGAGAGAAACCCUAUAAAUGUAUGGAGUGUGGAAGGAGCUUCAUGUGGAACAGUCAGCUUACGUCUCAUAGAAGUGUCCACACAGGGGAGAAGCCAUAUAAAUGUGUGGAGUGUGGGAAGAGCUUUAGUGACAUCAGCCAUCUUACUUCUCAUCAAAGGAUUCACACCGGGGAGAAACCGUAUAAAUGUGUGGAAUGUGAAAAAUGCUUCAGCAACAGUAGUUCCCUUUCUUACCACAGAAGGAUCCAUACAGGAGAGAAACCUUAUAAAUGUGUGGAGUGUGGAAAAUGUUUUAGUCAGAGCAGCAGUCUGAUUUCCCAUAAAAGGAUCCACACAGGGGAGAAACCAUAUAAAUGCACUGAAUGUGGGAAGAGUUUUCGUGAAAAUGGGUCCCUUCGUUCCCAUAAAUUGAUCCACACAGGGGAGAAACCAUAUAAAUGCACAGUGUGUGGGAAGAGCUUCAGUCAGAGCAGUUCCCUUACUUCCCAUGAAAAGAGUCACACGGGAGAAAGCCUAUAA